GUUGUUUAAGUAGCAUAUGUAGCAUACUAGCUUGACGUUAGCCGGUGGUGAACGUGAUGAACCGUGUUUCUCCUUCACGGUGAUUUAAAAAAAAUAAAGAUGGAAUCGUCUGAAAGCCCGUCCGGUGAGGUGGCCGGUGAUGAGCAGGAAGCUACACCGACCCCAAUGGAUGUGGACACGGCGGUGUUCGUGCUGGGAGCCGGGGUGACGGCCAUCACUCACCCGCUGCUCUACGUCAAGCUGCUCAUACAGGUGGGUCAUGAACCUCUUCCUCCGACUGUGGGCACGACCAUGUUUGGACGGAGAGUCUUAUACCUGCCCGGCUUCUUCUCCUACGCACAGCACAUUGUACAGGUGGACGGAAAGAGAGGACUCUUCCGCGGCCUCUCGCCUCGGAUUGUGUCCAGCACCAUCUCGACCGUGGUCAGGUGCAAAGUCAAACAGCAGGUAGAGCGUCGGUCUAAGAAAGGCGGCGUGCAGACUUCACUCGGGAAGGUUUUCCAAGAGACCUCACAGGAGAUGAUCAUUCAGUGCCUGUCCAGAGUAGCGACUCAUCCUUUUCAUGUCAUGUCAGUGCGAUGUAUGGCCCAGUUUGUCGGCAGAGAGGUCAAGUACGGGGGGAUGUUCGGCUGCAUGGUCAAGAUUUUUAAAGAGGAAGGAGUCGCCGGGUUCUACGUAGGGAUCGUUCCUCACGUGUUGGGAGAAGUCCUCUUCCUGUGGUGCUGUAACCUCCUCGCUCACUUCAUCAACACCUACGCCGUGGACGAAAGUUUCAGUCAGGCGUCUGCGGUGAGAAGCUACACUAAGUUUGUGAUGGGAAUUGCUGUGAGUGUUCUGACGUAUCCGUUCAUGCUGGUGGCCGAUCUCAUGACGGUCAACAACUGUGGUUUGGCUGCAGGUCUUCCUCCUCGCUCUCCCGUCUUCAACUCGUGGCUGCACUGCUGGAAUCACCUGAGCCAGAAGGGUCACCUCUUCAGAGGAUCCAGCUUCUUUUUCCGCCGGGUGCCCGUGAGCUCCCUGCCCCCCAUCGAGGACUGACAUCAUCACUUCCUGGGAUGUUCUUCCUCAUCCUGCUCAGAAACGUUUUCCAAAGACUCAUCCUGCAGAGACGCAGCUCAUGAAGGGCCAACAAAGUGUUUGUUUUGUUUUUAGGCGAGGCGUUUCUCUUAAUUCAUCAGCUCAGAAAAAAGUGUUGACCGCGCGCUGUGAGGCUGCAGCUGAGGCUCAUGGGUAAUGCAGUCAUUCAGCCUGAGAAGAAAAAAAAAUCUCAAAGUGGAAUCAUUUCCAAAAACGCCUUUUUCUCAAGUCUUAUUUCUGUUUCUGUGUGGAGAUAAGUGGAGUUAGGGCGCACUCACACUCGCCCAGUUGUCACCUCUUCCAACCGUGGCAGGGCAAAGGAAGUGAGGACCAGAGCACUAGCCAGAAGAACUGGACUUCAAGGUUGAAGUGUGCUUGGUACGGAUUACCUCGUGUGAGUGCGCCCUUAAAUCCAAACUAAUAUCAGUCACCUGGACUGAACAAGUGUGUGUGAAACAUCUGGAUGUUUUUUGUUUGGCAUAAAUAUAUAUAAAUUUAUAUUUAUAUAAAUGUAAAAGAUCCCUGGAAUAAUACUUCAAAUCUUACAUAAGAUGUGAAAAAAAAUGUAACAUGAUCUUAAAGAAGUGAAAACAGUGUUCUUUUUUUAAAUAUAGAUUUUCUUCUUUUAAAAUAUUUUUUUAUUCUGUUGUUGUACGCAGUCCGUGUCGCGUUGAAAUGUGUCCCCAGAGGACGAGUUAAAAGCCAUAAACAUGAACGUGUCUUUG